CUGGGCAGGAAGGGGAGGGGGAGCGCGAGCGCGAGAAAUGCAGAGGCUGCAGCGGCGGCGGCGGCGGCAGUAGCGGCAGCGGCGACGGCGGCGGCGGCAGCGCUCCAACUCGCUCCUCGCUCCGGGCUCCGCCGUCGAGCCGGGGAGAGAGCCUCCGCCAGCGGCCAGGCACCGGCCGGACGACGCCUGCGACCCGGGCCCCUCGGCGGCACCGCGCUCACCCAGGGCCGGCACAGGCACCCAGAGCCGAACUCCAAGAUGGGAGGCAAGCUGAGCAAGAAGAAGAAGGGGUACAAUGUGAAUGAUGAGAAGGCCAAGGACAAAGACAAGAAGGCCGAGGGUGCAGGCACCGAAGAGGAGGGAACCCCGAAGGAGAACGAGGCCCAGGCGGCCGCCGAGACCACAGAGGUGAAGGAGGGCAAGGAGGAGAAGCCGGACAAGGAUGGCCAGGACGCGGCCGGCAAGCCCGAAGACAAGGAAGGCGACAAAGACACGGCCGCGGCCAAGGAAGACGCCCCGAAGGCGGAGCCCGAGCAGACGGAGGCGGCGGCCGAGGGCAAGCCGGAGCCCCCGAAGGCCGCCGAGCCCGAGCCCGCGGCCGCGGCCGCGGCCGGCGACGCCCCCAAGGCCACGGAGCCCGAGGCGCCCGCGGAGGCCAAGGCCGACGACAAGGGCAAGGAGGCCGGGGAACCCACCAAGACUGAGGCUCCCGCAGCUCCUGCCGCGCAGGAGACGAAAAGUGACGGGGCCCCGGCUUCAGACUCAAAACCCAGCAGCACCGAGGCUGCGCCGUCGUCCAAGGAGAGCCCCGCAGCCACGGAAGCACCCAGUUCCACGGCCAAGGCCCAGGCCCCCGCAGCCCCCGCGGACGAGGUCAAGGCGGCCGAGGCGCCCGCCAGCUCCGAGCAAACCGUAGCAGUCAAGGAGUAACAAGGACAGCCUAUGGAAACCGAGUCUGCUUCCACCGCCUGUCUCUCUCUCUCUGUGUCUCUCUCUCUCUCUCUCUGUCUCUCUCUCUCUCUCCUAUACUAACUCGUUUCAAAUCCUAAGUAAUGAUAUGUAUUGCCCAAGAUUAAA